UUUGGUCCAACAAGAUUUUUUUGUACUAAAAUUCUUUGUAAAAAUUUUUAACUGUCAUAAUUGUCACUUGUCAUUUAUACCUAACCUCAAUCUUGCUAUUUUUCAAUAAAAACUGUAUCAGUGCGUGAAAACAACCAAAAAUUAUAGAUCCGGGGCCGAAAAAUAUAACCUAACCUAAAAAUGAUCAACAGUGAAAAUAAACUCGGAAAUAAGAGGAAGGCUGUGGUGCCCCCUCAAGGUGUCCGAUGUCAGAAAUGUCUCGAGUAUGGACAUUGGUCUUAUGAAUGCAAGGGCCAAAGGAAGUACUUGCACAGGUCCUCAAGAACACAACAAUUGAAAAAACGUAUGAAACUCGUGGAGGAAAAAGCCGCAGCGGCUAAAAAUAAUUUGCAAAGUGGGACAAAAAAAGGGUCUAAGGAUUCCGAUAGUAGUUCAAGUUCAGAUAGCAGUUCAGAUAGUAGUUCAGAUUCGGAAAGUUCGUCGUCAAGUUCAAGUAGCAGCGACGAAUGAGUACGUAUGUGGGAUGUUUAAUAUAAGUUACUGUAUUUUUUUUCAAUAAAUCUUUUCUAUGCAA